UCUCUCCCGCGCGUUCACUCCACGCAUGCGCGAACUCGCCCCGCGUCCGUUGAUUGGUCGGAAGUUUCCUGGUGGGCGUGGUCCAGUGACGCGGUCCUCUCGAUCUACACACCACAAGAGAGUUCACUGCGACGUGCUUCCUGCUUCGCAUUACCGUGGAUCAUGGACGCGUCGGGAGAUUUGUUUCUUUCCGAUGCAUCGACCUCCCGCUCCGCUGUCAACAGGAGGCAGUCCGUCUGUGUGUGUGAGGAGGCUGUGUCGGCUGCAAGGGAAAGGCUCCAUGUUCAGUGCAGUCCUGCUGGUGCUCGGCUGCCUGCUGCAGAGGAAACUAGUGACCACAGAGGGGCAUCGUGGGACCAACCGCCAUGUCUUCUAUGCAGUGGAAAUGGACGGAGGCAUCGGAGCCGCCAAAGCUCUGGCCGAGCAGCACGGACUGGAGUUCAUACAGCAGGUUGGCAGCCUGGAGGAUCUGUACACCCUUAGAGACAGCAGGGGGCGCCCUGACAGAGCCACCUUUGAGAACAGUCUUUCAACCACAGUGGGGGUUCGCUGGGUGCAGAGGCAGCACAGCCAUUAUAGAGAGAAGCGGGUUCCUGUGACAAGACUGGACCUCAGUACCUCUCACAGUUCCCAGAGGAGAGAGACUGCGUCUGACAGGCAGCCUGAGGAGAAUAAGAGUGACCAGUCCCUCACCUUCAAUGACCCGCUCUGGCCCAUGCAGUGGGAACUGUUUGCACAGGGCGAGUACAACACCAGUGGGUUUGACCUGAAUGUGAUGCCAGUUUGGAGCAACAACAUCACCGGUGACGGAGUCGUGGUCAGCAUCAUUGAUGAUGGCGUAGAUCACACAAACAAGGACCUGAAGAAAAACUUUGAGGCCCUCGCCAGUUUUGACCUGUGUGCUUCACACGGUCUGUCUCAUGAUCCCAUGCCCAUCAGAGAUGAGGAGAAUAGUCACGGUACCCGGUGUGCAGGGGAAGUUGCCAUGGAGGCCAACAACUCCUACUGCGGUGUGGGCAUCGCCUUCAACGCCAGGAUCGGAGGUAUCCGCUUGUUGGACGGCUCUGUCACCGAUGCCAUGGAGGCCACAGCUCUGACCUUCAACACCCAUUUCAUCGACAUCUACGUCUGCAGUUGGGGCCCGCCGGACGACGGCGCCAAGAUGGACGGGCCGUACGGCCUGACAGCGCGCGCCCUUCGGCUGGGAACUCACAAGGGUCGAGGUGGGAAGGGCAGCAUCUUUGUGUGGGCGGCAGGUAAUGGUGGAAUGCAGCGUGACCACUGCGGUGCAGAUGGCUAUGUUAACUCCAUCUACAACAUAGCCAUCGGCGCUGUCUCUCAAACAGGGAAGCCCGCCUACUUCGGCGAGCCCUGCCCCGGUGUGAUGGCCGUCACUCUGACAGGGGCCGGCGUGGGAGGCUCGCUACCUCUGGUCACCGUGACCACCAUUGGUGAUGGCUGUGUCACACACUUUCCAGGAACAUCCAGUGCUGCUCCGAUCGCUGCGGGGAUUCUGGCUCUUACUUUAGAAGUAAAUCCUGAGCUGACGUGGAGGGAUGUUCAGCAUCUGAUCGCCAAGACAGCAAAGAUCCCCGACCCCGAAGAGCCUGGCUGGAACAUCAACGCAGCAGGAUACCACGUUCACCAUAGGUAUGGUUUUGGAUUGUUGGAUGCGGGGCUGAUGGUGCAGCAGGCCGCACGCUUCAACACUGUUGCUCCACAGAGGAAGUGCAUAGAAGAAGUCCAUCCCACCAGGAUCCUCUCUCCAGGAGGCAUUGUCAGUCUGGACAUCCAAUCAGAUGCCUGCCGUGGGAGGACUAAUGAGAUCAACACUCUGGAGCACGUUCAGGUGAGAGUGAGCAUCAGCGCCGCGUGUCGUGGGGACCUCUCCAUAAGCCUGGAGUCUCCAGCCGGCACUGUAUCGCUGCUGUUGGACGUACGGCCCAAUGACGCCUCCACUGCCGGCCUGAAGAAUUGGACCCUGAUGACGGUGCACUGCUGGGGGGAGCAGCCGCGAGGCCUAUGGACGCUCCAGGUGACUGACCACAAAGGCACAGUGAUGAGCUGUACGAGGCCAAGUGACGAGGAGGCAUCCGGAGCCUUGCUCAGCGUUAGACUCAUCCUCUACGGCACCUACCACCCACACAGCACCACGCACGAGGGACCCCUGCAGAGCAUUGUGUCCGUGGGGUCGCGUCACCCCGUCCCUCACGGGGGGGUGUACCGGAGGGACCGUUAUCAACCCCUGAUUCAGUGGGUCUACCAAAUGGAGAGAGACAGGAAGGUACGGGCUGCUGAUAUCACCGUCCCAGCCAGACACAAGAUGUUGAAGAUUCCUGGAGACUUAAUGUUGGAUAAGCUGACCCUCAACAAGCCCCUGAGGUCCAGUAUGGCUUUCCAGUUACAUCGGAUAGAUGUUGUAAAGAAGUCCUCCACGGGGUCAGGAGCUUCUGCUGUGAAGGAGCGUCAUGAGACAAAGACCAUCAGGGAUGAUGUGGACAGACAGACCAGGUCCUUACCAUCACAUGUUCUCCAGGAUGUCGUCAACAGUCCGACUCUUCAGAUCCAGGGAGGAGGAGGAGGAGGAGAAACCGUGAGCAGAGAGGCAGGGGGUAAGCACAGGGCAUCGGGCAGGGAACUGGAAGGAACAAACAUGAACCACGGUUAAAUAAAGACUGUUAUUUUCCACAGUGCAGCAAGCCAAUUGAUCAUGAAUCAAUUCCAUGUACAGUACUUUGACUGUGUGGCCUCAGCGUCGGCACACAUUAUUUAUUGUGGACUUACUAGCUCGGCUUUAAAACUCAAUCACUCCACAGAAACACACACACACUAACGUAUAAAUCUGUCCCCCAAAAACAAAUAGUCUCAGGAGCCAGGUCUCUGCACACACCUUCCCUCCCCCUUUUGCUUUCAGAUGUUGCAAAAGGUUAGUGAAAGAUAUGUUUGUCUUUUUCCACUUCAUUGAAGGGUGAAUUCAGCUCAGCGCAAUAAGAAAUGGAUUACCCAUUCAUUAAAGGGGCUGUGUCACUCCUCAUUGAGUUGGACAAAUAGCAAAUUAAUUUCUAGCCGCCUAAUUUCUCUCUGUUCUCCACUGACUCUCCGAUAACGUCGAAUUACUGAUCACAGCCAUGCGAACUCCCUCAACUUUUUAUCAAUUCAUUAAAAAAUGUGCCACAGCGGAGAUGCGACAGAAGGAAAUUCUCUCUCUUAUUUCUGCUUCCUUUACCAGCACAACGCCGUGUAUACAAACACAGAUCAACUCAAGUGUUUAAUUGAAAUUAGGAUAUUAAAAACAUCAGAAACCGUUGCAGACGGUGUUGGAAAAAGUUGUUGGAAUCAGUCAGAAACUUUUUUUUUUUUUUUUACCAGUGCAUCUCAAUGUGAAACAGAGAUGUCAAGUGCAGGUCUGUAGGUAAAUGGUGUUUUGUAAAGUAGCGGUAGUGUAUUGACAGGGCAGUAUUGAUGUUUCAAUUAGAGCAGCGUUACAUAGUGCCGCAGCAUGGUAACACGGUGCGUCUCCUGCCAUCUGCUCUGCCUCCACGUCUGACGAACGAGGCACGUGGGGCUAAUCGAGCCGCACAUGAGCAAUGGGACCGCGAGAUGUAACACACACACACACACACACUUAUCCUAUACGCACGUCCUUAUGCAGAAAAAUGGGGGGGGGAAGACGAGGGAGAGCUCCUCAGCCCUGCUGUUUAAACAGCCUUCAGAAAGCCUGUGAUUCCUCCCCUUCUCCCUUCACAUGUGCCACCGGAGCAGCCAGCAGGUUAUUUCUCUGACAAGGAAAACGGGCAAACACACCAGAUGCACGAGUUAAAAAUUCUUCAAAAGCUCAUCUGACGGGUAGACAAAAAAAGGGAACGGCUUCUGCCAGGUUUUCUCGUGCUGGGACGGUCUGAAAUAACAGUGUGCAUUAUGCCUGGCGUUAUUGCCUGCCAAACCACACGAAUCAAAGACCUCAUUGUGUGGAUUACCUCGUUAAUCUGUUGAUGCCAUUGAGUAGUAUUGCAGGUGUUAAUGUGCCAGGUUUUUUUCUCUCUCCCUCUCUCUCUCUCUCUUCUCUUAUUAGGGAGGUGUAGCGUUAGGUUGGUAAUCUGCUUUAAAUGCUUUCUGGGGAAUGAGACGCGCUGAAACCCAGCCAAGAGAACUCUGCUAUCGUGAAGAGCUUUCUCUUAAUACAGCGCACACAGAGGGGACUGACUGACUGAUGCCAACGGGGACGAGCUAGCGAGCUACACGCCCCACGCCACUUGUUGAAAUAUAUGACUGUAUGAAUAAUGAAAGGGGAAGAGGAAAGUGAUAUUGCUAAAGCAGUCCCACAAUGACAUCCAUCACAGGAAUGCCUCAUUGCCUCUCCUUCUUCCUCUGUUUCCUCCCGCAGAAAAAAACCCCCAUAACUCCCAAGUUGUGUCUCUUUGGAGGAGCUCUAACCAAAGCUCAGCUCUGUGCCUUGCCCGAGCUGAUUUAGAGGUGAACUCCUAAACCGAAAGAGAGAGAAAGAUAAAGAGACAGAAAGA